CCCCAGCAUCUCCCCACCUGGCCCAGCUUCAUUCCCCCGCACCCUGGCGGGCCCGAGCCUACUGGUUUGUUUAGCCGGGUGGAGGUUUGGGAUCCAGCGUGCAGCGAACCCCCUCACCCCUACCUAGUCCAGUCUCUGGCCAGGCGUGGGUCACCCCAAGGCCUUGUCCUUCCUAGGCCCCACUCCUCCGCAUGGUUACUGGACUGCAAGGGCAGAGAGGCGCGGCUUUGGAAGGGUUAAAGCAUCGGGUCUCAUCUCAGCGCCCCACGGCCUUUGCCAGGGCCGGCAGGACCCCUCUUUCUAUACCCCCACCACCACCUCCCAAAGGCCAGAGCUGCUCCCUGAGCCCGGCAGAAAGCUCGCCAAGUGCUAAGCGCCUCCUCUGGCCCAAGUAUCCUCCAUUGGGGAAACAGUUGUGACCACCCAUUAACCGGGAAGGAAAUAAAAGCACGGAGAAACUGAGUUCAAGCUACUUAGGUUUCCACACAGCCGGAACAAAGCAUCGAGCCUGCCUCUUCUUGACUCUUGGACAGAACCCUGGACUUGCUAAGCCCAAAGGGUGAAAACUCAGACUUGGCUGGCCCUGUGGCUCAGUGGUGGAACACACGGAAGUGUGAGGCUCUGGGUGCAAUUCUGGACACUCUGGGAGGAAGAACAGCAUAAUGAGAGAUGUACUGAGUGCUUGCUGUGUACCAGAUACCGCGUUUGCCGAGUGAGCAGCUCGGUUCAUCUUCAGACACCCUAAGGAUUUCCACAGAUGACUCAAUGAAGAGCAGACGGGCCUUGCCAUCCCCAAUGGCACAAGUUCAAGGAGAAGUGGACAACAUGGAGGGCCCACCAGCCUGCAACAACAACAACAACCCUGCAGCCCGCUGGGAGAGUCCAGAUAGGGGCUGGGAUCGGGAACCUCCGGCAGCUGCCAACACCACUGCGGCUUCCCUCUUCGAGUGCUCUAGGAUCAAGGCCUUAGCAGAUGAGCGAGAGGCUGUGCAGAAGAAAACCUUCACCAAGUGGGUGAAUUCGCACCUCGCCCGCGUGGGCUGCCACAUCGGGGACCUCUACGCAGACCUUCGGGAUGGGUUUGUGCUUACUCGGCUCCUGGAAGUGCUGUCCGGGGAGCAGCUGCCGAGGCCCACUCGCGGUCGCAUGCGGAUCCACUCGCUGGAGAACGUGGACAAGGCCCUGCAGUUCCUGAAAGAACAGCGUGUGCACCUGGAGAAUGUGGGGUCACAUGACAUCGUGGAUGGGAACCACCGGCUGACGCUGGGGCUGGUCUGGACCAUCAUCCUGCGCUUCCAGAUCCAGGUCAUCAAAAUCGAGACAGAGGACAACAGAGAGACCCGCUCAGCCAAGGACGCUCUGCUCUUGUGGUGCCAGAUGAAAACCGCUGGUUACCCUGAGGUAAACAUCCAGAAUUUCACCACCAGCUGGAGAGAUGGCCUGGCCUUCAAUGCCCUCAUUCACCGUCACAGGCCUGAUCUUGUGGACUUCAGCAAACUCACCAAGUCCAACGCCAACUACAACCUGCAGAGAGCUUUCCGCACAGCCGAGCAGCACCUGGGGCUAGCACGUCUGCUGGACCCCGAAGAUGUGAACAUGGAGGCUCCAGAUGAGAAGUCCAUCAUCACUUAUGUGGUCUCCUUCUACCACUACUUCUCCAAGAUGAAGGCUCUGGCUGUGGAGGGAAAGCGGAUUGGGAAGGUCCUGGACCAAGUGUUGGAAGUGGACAAGAUCAUAGAGCGCUACGAGGAGUUGGCAGCCGAGCUGCUGGCCUGGAUCCACCGCACCGUGAGCCUCAUCAGCAACCAGAAGUUUGCCAACUCCCUGAGUGGGGUGCAGCGGCAGCUGCAGGCUUUCACCGCCUACUGCACGCUGGAGAAGCCCGUCAAGUUUCAGGAGAAGGGGAACCUGGAGGUGCUACUCUUCAGUAUCCAGAGCAAACUGCGCGCCCACAACCGGCGCCUCUUUGUGCCUCGGGAAGGUUGUGGCAUCUGGGAUAUUGACAAGGCAUGGGGCGACCUGGAGAAGGCAGAACACGAGCGAGAGGCGGCCCUCAGGGCUGAGCUCAUCCGACAGGAGAAGCUGGAGCUCUUGGCUCAAAGGUUCGACCACAAGGUGGCCAUGAGGGAAAGCUGGCUAAAUGAGAACCAGCGCCUGGUCUCCCAGGACAACUUUGGCUAUGAGCUGCCAGCGGUGGAGGCAGCCAUGAAGAAACAUGAAGCCAUCGAGGCAGAUAUUGCAGCCUACGAGGAGCGGGUUCAGGGUGUGGCAGAGCUAGCCCAGGCGUUGGCAGCUGAAGGCUACUAUGAUGCCCGGCGGGUGGCAGCCCAGCGCGACAGUGUCCUUCGCCAGUGGGCCCUGCUGACUGGGCUGGUGGGUGCCCGAAGGACCCGGCUGGAGCAGAAUCUGGCCCUGCAAAAGGUCUUCCAGGAGAUGGUCUACAUGGUGGACUGGAUGGAGGAGAUGCAGACUCAGCUGCUGUCUCGGGAAUGUGGGCAGCAUCUGGUGGAGGCUGAUGACCUGCUGCAGAAGCAUGGACUCCUGGAGGGGGACAUUGCAGCCCAGAGUGAGCGGGUGGAGGCCCUCAAUGCUGCAGCUCUGAGGUUCUCUCAGUUGCAGGGCUAUCAGCCCUGCGAUCCCCAGGUCAUUUGUAACCGCGUGAACCACGUGCACGGCUGUCUGGCGGAGCUGCAGGAUCAGGCGGCGCGGCGACGCGCGGAGCUGGAGGCUUCGCGGAGCCUGUGGGCGCUGCUGCAGGAGCUGGAGGAGGCGGAGAGCUGGGCGCGGGACAAAGAGCGCCUCCUAGAGGCCACGAGCGGCAGUGGCGGCGCGGCGGGCACGGCGGGAGGCGCGCACGACCUGUCCAGUACCGCUCGCCUGCUGGCGCAGCACAAGAUCCUGCAGGGCGAACUAGGCGGCCGGCGGACGCUGUUGCAGCAGGCACUGCGACGCGGAGAGGAGCUGGCGGCGGCGGGUGGCUCCGUGGGUCCGGGGGCUGAGCCCUUGCACUUGUCCAGCCUGGCGGAGCGCGCGGCGAGCGCCCGGCGUCGGUGGCAGCGGCUGGAAGAGGCGGCUGCGCGCCGGGAACGAAGGUUGCAGGAGGCGCGGGCUCUACAUCAGUUCGGCGCGGACCUAGACGGGCUCCUGGACUGGCUUCGCGACGCGUACCGCCUGGCAGCGGCCGGCGAUUUCGGUCACGACGAGGCAUCCAGCCGUCGCCUGGCACGCCAGCACCGCGCCCUCACCGGGGAGGUGGAAGCACACCGCGGCCCUGUGGGUGGCCUGCGGCGCCAGCUGGCAGCACUGGGAGGAGCCAGUGGUGCCGGGCCGCUGGUGGUGGCGCUGCAAGUGCGCGUGGUGGAAGCCGAGCAGUUGUUCGCCGAGGUGACCGAGGUGGCCGCGCUGCGACGCCAGUGGCUGCGGGACGCGCUCGCCGUGUACCGUAUGUUUGGCGAGGUGCACGCGUGCGAGCUGUGGAUCGGCGAGAAAGAGCAGUGGCUGCUGGCCAUGCGUGUACCCGAUUCCCUCGACGACGUUGAAGUGGUGCAGCACCGAUUCGAAAGUCUGGACCAGGAGAUGAACAGCCUGAUGGGCCGAGUCCUGGAUGUGAACCACACAGUUCAGGAGUUGGUGGAAGGAGGUCACCCCAGCUCAGAUGAAGUGCGCUCCUGCCAGGACCACCUCAACAGCAGGUGGAACCGCAUCGUGGAGCUGGUGGAACAGCGCAAAGAAGAGAUGAGCGCUGUGCUGCUGGUGGAGAAUCACGUGCUGGAAGUGGCCGAGGUGCGCGCCCAAGUGCGCGAGAAGCGGCGCGCGGUGGAAAGCGCGCCCCGGGCGGGCGGAGCCCUUCAGUGGCGCCUGAGUGGCCUGGAGGCGGCCCUGCAGGCACUGGAGCCGCGACAAGCGGCGCUGCUAGAGGAGGCUGCACUGCUGGCAGAGCGCUUCCCGGCACAGGCGACACGCCUGCACCAGGGCGCCGAGGAACUGGGAGCCGAGUGGGGCGCGCUGGCCGGAGCGGCUCAGGCUUGCGGCGAGGCAGUGGCGGCGGCAAGUCGCCUGCAGCGUUUCCUGCGCGAUCUGGAUACUUUCCUGGACUGGCUGGUGCGAGCGCAGGAGGCGGCGGGCGCUGUCGAGGGACCGCUGCCGCGCAGCCUGGAAGAGGCGGACACGCUGUUGGCGCGGCACGCCGCGCUCAAGGAGGAGGUGGACCAGCGCGAGGAGGAUUACACGCGCAUCGUGGCUGCCAGCGAGGCGCUGCUGGCGUCUGACGGUGCCGAGCUGGGCCCCGGCCUGGCGCUAGACGAGUGGCUGCCGCACCUCGAGGUUGGCUGGCACAAACUGCUCGGCUUGUGGGAGGACCGCAGGGAGGCGCUGGUCCAGGCGCACGUCUAUCAGCUCUUCCUGAGAGACCUGUGCCAGGCGCUCGCGGUGCUGCGCAACCAGGAGGUGGCGCUGUCUGGUGCUGAGCUCCCCUGCACGGUGGAGUCAGUGGAAGAGGCAAUGAAAAGGCACCGGGAUUUUCUCACCACGAUGGAGCUGAACCAGCAAAAGAUGCAGGUGGCGGUGCAAGCUGCAGAAGGCCUGUUGCGGCAAGGCAACGCCUACGGGGAGCAGGCGCAGGAGGCAGUGGCCCGGCUGCUGGAGAAGGCCCAAGGGUCCGCUCCAAUCAGUCUUAUUUGCAUAGAUUUCCCUCCUCAGCCCCACUCUUCUCAGCUGAGAACCUGCCCUGGGAAUUCUUUUGAGGGGUAUUGUGAGGCUGUGACAGAUGGGGAGAGGACCCUCCUGAGCCCCCUUCUCUGCCCUGCACAGCUGGAUGGCUGGAUCCGCGAGAAGAUGCUGAUGGCUCGCGAUGGCACUCGGGAAGACAGCCACAAGCUGCACAAGCGAUGGCUCCGGCACCAGGCGUUCAUGGCUGAGCUGGCUCAGAAUAAGGAGUGGCUGGAGAAGAUAGAGAGGGAGGGCCAGCAACUGAUGCAGGAGAAACCCGAGCUGGCAGCCUCCGUGCGUAAGAAACUGGGUGAGAUCCGGCAGUGCUGGGCGGAGCUGGAGAGUACCACACAGGCCAAGGCGCGCCAGCUCUUCGAGGCCAGCAAGGCGGACCAGCUAGUGCAGAGCUUUGCGGAGCUGGACAAGAGGCUGCUUCACAUGGAGAGCCAGCUACAAGACGUGGACCCUGGAGGGGACCUGGCCACCGUCAACAGCCAGCUCAAGAAGUUACAGUCCAUGGAGUCUCAGGUGGAGGAGUGGUGCCGUGAGGUGGGCGAGCUGCAGGCGCAGACGGCGGCGCUGCCCCUGGAACAGGCGAGCAAGGACCUGGUGGGCGAGCGGCAGAGCGCGGUGGGCGAGCGCUUGGUGCGCCUGCUGGAGCCAUUGCAAGAGCGCCGCCGCUUGCUGCUGGCCUCCAAGGAGCUACAUCAGGUGGCGCACGACCUGGACGACGAACUGGCAUGGGUCCAAGAGCGGCUGCCGCUGGCCAUGCAGACAGAGCGAGGCAAUGGCUUACAGGCUGUCCAGCAGCACAUCAAAAAGAACCAGGGCCUGCGGCGGGAGAUCCAGGCGCACGGGCCGCGCUUGGAGGAGGUGCUGGAGCGCGCGGGCGCGCUGGCCUCGCUGCGCAGCCCGGAGGCCGAGGCGGUGCGCCGGGGCCAGGAGCAGCUGCAGAGCGCUUGGACCGGACUACGGGAGGCAGCAGAACGACGGCAGCAGACGCUGGACGCUGCCUUCCAGGUGGAACAGUACUACUUUGAUGUGGCGGAAGUGGAGGCGUGGCUGGGCGAGCAGGAGCUGCUCAUGAUGAGUGAGGACAAGGGCAAGGAUGAACAGAGCACCCUGCAGCUGCUGAAGAAGCACUUGCAACUGGAGCAGGGCGUGGAGAACUACGAGGAAAGCAUUGCACAGCUGUCGCGCCAGUGUCGGGCGCUUCUGGAGAUGGGACACCCAGACAGUGAACAGAUCAGCCGGCGACAGUCCCAGGUGGAUCGCCUCUAUGUGGCCCUCAAGGAGCUGGGUGAAGAACGCAGGGUGAGCCUGGAACAGCAGUACUGGCUAUACCAGCUCAGCCGCCAGGUGGACGAGCUGGAACACUGGAUUGCCGAGAAGGAGGUGGUGGCUGGCUCCCCUGAGCUGGGCCAGGACUUCGAGCAUGUGUCGGUGCUACAGGAGAAAUUUUCGGAGUUCGCCAGUGAGACCGGAACAGCAGGGCGGGAGCGGCUGGCAGCGGUCAACCAGAUGGUGGACGAGCUGAUUGAGUGCGGCCACACAGCGGCGGCCACCAUGGCUGAGUGGAAGGACGGGCUGAACGAGGCCUGGGCGGAACUCCUGGAGCUCAUGGGCACUCGGGCCCAGCUGCUCGCUGCCUCUCGGGAGCUGCAUAAGUUCUUCAGCGACGCGCGAGAGCUUCAAGGGCAGAUUGAGGAGAAGCGGAGGCGGCUGCCCCGCCUGACGGCACCACCAGAGCCCAGACCCAGUGCCAGCUCCAUGCAGCGAACCCUGCGAGCCUUUGAACACGACCUGCAACUCCUCGUGUCCCAGGUACGCCAGCUGCAGGAGGGGGCGGCCCAGCUGCGGACGGUGUACGCGGGCGAGCACGCCGAGACCAUCGCCAGCCGCGAGCAGGAGGUGUUGCAGGGUUGGAAGGAGCUGCUGGCAGCCUGUGAGGAUGCUCGUCUGCACGUCAGCUCCACCGCUGAUGCACUGCGAUUCCACAGCCAGGCCCGUGACCUGCUUUCCUGGAUGGAUGGCAUCGCGGGCCAGAUCGGGGCAGCGGACAAACCCAGGGAUGUGUCGUCGGUGGAGGUGCUUAUGAACUACCACCAGGGUCUGAAGACAGAACUGGAGGCUCGUGUGCCUGAGCUGACGGCCUGCCAGGAGUUGGGGCGCUCCCUGUUACUCAACAAGAGUGCCAUGGCUGAUGAGAUCCAGGCACAGCUGGACAAGCUGGGAACCCGGAAGGAGGAGGUGUCUGAGAAGUGGGACCGUCACUGGGAGUGGCUGCAGCAGAUGCUGGAGGUGCACCAGUUUGCUCAGGAGGCCGUGGUGGCUGAUGCCUGGCUGACAGCCCAGGAGCCACUCCUGCAGAGCCGGGAGCUGGGCAGCAGUGUGGAUGAGGUGGAGCAGCUGAUCCGGCGACAUGAGGCCUUCCGAAAAGCAGCCGCAGCCUGGGAGGAGAGGUUCAGCUCUCUACGGCGCUUGACCACGAUCGAGAAACUCAAGGCAGAGCAGAGCAAGCAGCCACCCACCCCCUUGCUGGGGCGCAAGUUCUUUGGGGACCCCACCGAACUGGCGGCCAAGGCAGCGCCUUUGCUACGUCCAGGGGGUUAUGAGCCCUUGGCUCGCCGAGCCUCGGACACGCUGUCAGCCGAGGUACGGACCCGGGUUGGGUAUGUGCGCCAGGAGCUCAAGCCCGAGCGUCUCCAACCGCGUAUUGACCGGCUCCCUGAGGUCCCGGGGAGGGUAGAACCCGCGGCCCCAACAGCCACAGCUCUGGACACGACGGACACCCCUGGAACCCCGGCGGUGACAGAGCAGGUCCGGCCCCGGCCGGAGCGCCGGGAGUCAGCAGAUCGUGCGGAGGAGCUGCCACGGAGACGACGGUCAGAACGCCAGGAGUCCACCGAACAACCAGAAGAGGCUGCGCGGAGGCGGCGAUCCGAGCGCCAGGAGUCCGCGGACCACGAGGCACCACACAGCCUUACUUUGGGUCGCUAUGAGCAGAUGGAGAGGCGGCGGGAGCGGCGGGAAAGGAGGUUGGAGAGACAGGAGUCUAGCGAACAGGAGACACCAACCAGGGGAGAGCUGGUCAAAGGGAAGGCCACCCUUGCAGACAUUGUGGAGCAGCUGCAGGAGAAGGAGGCAGGCCCUGGGCUCCCUGCUGGGGUGCCGUCGCUGCCUCAACCUCGUGAGCUUCCCCCCGGUCGCCUGCCCAACGGGCUUGAGCCGCCCGAGCGGACACCUCGGCCCGAUCGGCCGCGGGCACGGGACCGGCCCAAGCCACGCCGGCGGCCACGGCCUCGAGAGGGUGGUGAGGGCGGGGGAAGCCGGCGCUCGCGCUCCGCCCCUGCCCAGGGAGGCUCCGCCCCCGCUCCUCCGCCUCCGCCCACUCACACAGUGCAGCACGAGGGCUUCCUGCUGCGCAAGCGCGAGCUCGACGCUAACCGCAAGUCGUCCAACCGGUCAUGGGUGAGCCUGUACUGUGUGCUCAGCAAGGGGGAGCUAGGUUUCUACAAGGACUCCAAAGGCCCAUCAUCGGGGGGCACGCAUGGUGGGGAACCACUGCUCAGCCUGCACAAGGCCACCAGCGAGGUGGCUAGUGACUACAAGAAAAAGAAACAUGUCUUCAAGCUCCAGACCCAUGAUGGCAGCGAGUUCUUGCUCCAAGCUAAAGAUGAGGAGGAGAUGAAUGGCUGGCUGGAGGCUGUAGCUAACUCAGUGGCGGAACACGCCGAGAUCGCCCGCUGGGGUCAGACACUACCUACUACAUCAUCCACAGAUGAGGGCAACCCCAAACGUGAGGGUGCGGAGCGUAGGGCCAGCGGACGCCGGAAGUGACUCCAGGUACCCUCCCCACUUGGAGUCUGACAAGUCUCCUUGCCCCUCCUCUCCGCACUGUGGACACAAAGACACCUUUUCAUCCGCAAGGGCAGGAAAGACUGAGGAUGUGUCACGGUGGACCCUGGAAUGGAAGGGACUUCUCCUGCACUCCAAGAAAUGGUGGUGGGGGAUUGCUGUCCCUAUAGCCAUAUCUCGGUCCCUUCCCGCUCGCCAACCCCACCCCAGGUGCUGGGGCUCCAUUCUUUUUAUGCAAUAACUGAGCUUGGUGGGGACGGGCAGGGAGCCAGUUGAGCCAAGCCCCUGCCCCAUCGUCAGAUCCUGCCCCAAGAAGCCGGAGUGGCAAGGGAGCUGGGAGGUGGUGGUGGUAUUCGUUGGCCUCCUCUCCGCCCUAAGGAUGGACACGGGGGCGCUGGUGAGGUCCCCUGGACCAUCCAGGGUGCUAGGGGGUGGGGAGGGGACACACUUCCUCCCUGCCUUUACCUCACUUCCAAUGCUGCCUUGAUCUGUCUGGGAAGAGGGAGCGAAGGGGCCCUUAGCCCCUGCACUCCGCCAUCUCAGAGCCAUGCGGUUAAUUCCUGACUUAGUUUAUUUUUGCAAAAAUGUAGACCUCUCCUUCCUUCCCCCGCCCCGCAUCCGCGAAGGCUUUUAAUAGGAUGGGAGUCAAAGUUCAAAAUUGUCUUCCUCUCUCCUCCCCCAUCCAGCUGUAAAUGCCACUUCCCGAGGGGAGGGGGGUGGGGAAGUCCUCCCCCCUGCAUGCUUCUGGCUGGAGCACCUCCCUGGGAGUCGGAGGAUCAGGGUUACAGGCAGCCCCAGUGGCUGCCCGAAGAUGUCGCCAGGGCCUGGGGUGCGGGGCGGUGUGGCUGGCGCACACUGUAUGUACCUAUAAUAAACCCUUUGGCUUUGACGGUC